AACAGAGUUCAGACUGUUCUCACUUUUCUUCUGAAAGCACUUAUACAACGAAUAAGAAUGAUGAUGUUCAACUGGCUGGUUGUCGUUCUCUUUCUGCAGGCCUAUGAUUACGUAUAUGCUGCCGAAGAGUGGGAUGUUUUCGACGACAAAUGCAAAGAAAAAUGCGAGAUCUACACUUGGGCUAGAAAAGAUUGUGGCAGGCUGUGUUCAGCAACAACCGGUGCACAAAAAUUCUAUUGUGCACUAGGAUGCUCACAGAAUUCAACAAGUGCAAGUGAAUACGAAACAUGCGAAGAUGGUUGUACCGGUGAAAAACUAAAUAGAGAACAAUGUCAAAUUGACUGUCAACUGACUGUUGGAAGUCGCUAUAUCUGUGAAACUGUUUGCGCUGAUAAUGAACCCGCAUCUCUACCUCGUUGCUUGUUUUUCUGCGGCGAAACAUAUCAACCUAAAUUUCCCUGUACUGAACGAUCUGGUACAGAUGGUAGAGAUUGUGAAAAUGAAGAUUUGCUUCCAUGCACAGAGUGGUGCUACAGAGAGGAUCGGAGACGGAUAGAAUCAAGCCCCUGAAUCUUCAUCUAUUGAUAAUGUUGAAUGCUUUAACUGACACGUUUACCCACUGUUUUAACCAUAAUUGUUGUUUACUAAAGUGUAAUAACUAAGUAAUUUUUUCACUUAUAAAUAAAUACUAAUUUGCUUUCUAUUAAAU